UCCGCGCGCUCCGCUGAUCUCGAUCGCCAAGCGAUUUCGAUAGCGAUCGUCGUGCACACACAUACAUAACGCACACUUGAUUUUCAAAGCGACGAAACCGGUGAUCGAUAUGUGCGAUUAAUCGCGCGGUUAUGAACUAUUGUCAUUCGAUGUUUUUUGUUUUGGCACGGCAGACUAGGACGAAGAACAAUUCGAGUGCAGUUUUGUGGGUUUGGAGUGGACAUGAGCGCAUCGUAUGAUUGCAGCGUUUUCAAGUUUGUUUUCCGCUUAGGUUCUUAUAUGCUGUUCACCGAAUGGAAUAAAAAUAAAAUAUGAAAUAAUGUACUUGCCAUUACCGCCAUGCCUCGACAACGCGCCAUUGAAACUCUUCAUCACUCUCCUGUGCAUCACGUUCGAUUUUGGACGCGGCAAGCGCUCCGCGUACACCUCCACGAAUUCGGAAUACGGUGAUAGCGGUAACAUGCUCCACAUCGGCGGCAUCUUCCCCAUAGCCGGCGAGGGUGGAUGGCAAGGCGGACAGGCGUGCAUGCCCGCCGCCCGGCUCGCCCUCGAGGACGUCAACAGCAGGAAGGACUUGCUGCCCGGAUACGUGCUCAAUCUGCACAGCAAUGAUAGCGAGUGUGAACCAGGUCUUGGGGCGAGCGUCAUGUACAAUCUUCUCUACAACCAACCAACCAAACUAAUGCUAUUGGCAGGAUGUAGUACCGUUUGUACUACCGUAGCGGAGGCAGCUAAAAUGUGGAAUCUUGUAGUGUUAUGCUACGGAGCCAGUUCACCAGCUCUGUCAGACAGAAAUCGAUUCCCAACCCUAUUUCGCACCCACCCCUCCGCUACUGUGCACAAUCCCACAAGGAUCAAGCUCAUGAAGAAGUUCAACUGGUCCAGGAUAUCCAUCCUGCAGCAAGCCGAGGAAGUAUUCAUCUCUACGGUGGAGGAUCUCGAGAGGAGAUGCAUGGAAGCUGGUAUCGAAAUAGUCACCAGACAGUCCUUUCUUUCCGAUCCAACGGAUGCCGUCAGAAAUCUCAGGAGACAGGAUUCCCGAGUAGUCGUAGGCCUUUUUUACGUAGUCGCAGCAAGAAGAGUUCUCUGCGAACUUUACAAACAGAACCUUUAUGGAAAACAAUAUACCUGGUUUUUUAUUGGUUGGUACGAAGAUAACUGGUUCGAAAUAAUGAUAGAAAAAGAAGGUAUAGAAUGUACAGUCGAACAAAUGCGAAUGGCGGCCGAAGGUCACAUCACCACCGAGGCCUUGAUGUGGAACCAGAAUCGUAUGGAACGCACAAUUUCCGGUAUGACGUCAGAGGAUUUCCGGUUGCGUUUGAACGAAGUGCUGCGUCGCGAGGGAUACGACAUCGCCAAUCAGAGGUAUCCGGAGGGAUACCAGGAGGCUCCGUUGGCUUAUGAUGCUGUCUGGAGCGUCGCUUUAGCUUUUAAUAAAACAAUGGAUCGGCUGCACAAGUACGGGAAGAGUUUAAAAGACUUUAAUUACAACAACAAAGAGAUUGCCGAUGAUAUUUAUUCUGCAAUCAAUUCGACGCAGUUCUUGGGUAUAUCGGGUUUCGUAGCGUUCAGCUCGCAGGGCGACAGAAUAGCGUUGACUCAGAUAGAACAAGUGAUAAACGGCAGCUACGUCGUUCUGGGCUACUAUGAUACGCAGGCAGACAAUCUCACUUGGUUCGGCAGAGAAGUUUGGCAGGGUGGAAAGGUGCCUCAAGACAGAACGAUCAUCAGAAGAGUGCUCAGAACAGUCUCUCUACCAUUAUUCAUAUGCAUGUGCAUCAUCUCGAGCGUAGGAAUCCUGGUGGCGGCGGGCCUAAUAGCAUUUAAUAUUUGGAACAAGCACAGACGAGUCAUCCAGACAUCACACCCAAUAUGCAACACAAUCAUGCUGUUCGGUAUCAUCGUGUGCCUAGCAGCAGUGUUCCUUCUUGGUCUAGAUGGCAGAUUCGUCAGCCCUGAAGCUUAUCCGAUAGUGUGUCAAACUAAAGCCUGGGUUAUCGCGACAGGCUUCACGUUGUCCUUUGGAGCGAUGUUCAGUAAAGUAUGGAGAGUGCACAGGCUGACUACCAAAGCGAAAACUGAUCCAAAAGUAAGAAUGAAAAAAGUUCAACCGUGGAAACUCUAUUCGAUGGUAUCCGGUUUGCUGAUGAUUGACUUCGUGAUCAUGUUUACCUGGCAGCUGUUCGAUCCUCUGCAAAGGCGCAUCGAAUCAUUUCCCUUGGAAGCGCCCGUUUCGGCGCUGGACGACGCCCAAAUAAGGCCGGAGCUCGAACACUGCGAAAGUCAGAACAAUAACGUUUGGCUGUCCGUCAUAUACGCUUAUAAGGGAUUAGUUCUGAUAUUUGGUUUAUUUCUUGCCUACGAAACUAGAUCAAUGAAAGUGAAGCAAAUAAACGAUUCAAGGUACGUCGGUAUGAGUAUCUACAAUGUUGUGAUACUGUGCCUGAUAACAGCUCCCGUAACCAUGGUGAUUGCAAGUCAACAGGACGCCAGUUAUGCCUUCGUGGCCCUAGCUAUAGUUUUUUGCUGUUUUCUCAGCAUGGCUCUCAUCUUCGUGCCUAAGGUAAUUGAGGUAAUUAGACAUCCAAAAGAUAAGGCUGAAAGUAAAUACAACCCAGACCCGGGUCUCUCCAAAGAGGAGGAGGAGAGAUACCAAAAAUUACUCAGCGAAAAUGAAGACUUACAACGACUUAUAGCGCAGAAAGAAGAAAAAAUAAAAGUUCUCAAAGAACGGAUAGCCGAGAAGGAAAUGGGCAGCAAAGGAGGACUGACGACGCCAUCUACUAUCACUCAAGAUACGAAUGACGAAAGAAUUUAGUCCUCGAGAAGAUACUCAAAUGGAUAGUUUGGUAGGUGUUUCAUCGAACAAACGGAGUUUCAUAAAAUUCUUUGUUAUCACAAUAUCGCGUUCAACAUCGAAAUUCAUACAUUUAUUCACUGGCCGCAAUUUUAUGAAACUCUGUACGUUUCACGCAAAAAUUGUUUUUAUUUUUAGUUUAAUUAUAAAAAGACAAUAUAAAAUGAUAUAGUGUAAUGAAAAAUGUGUAAACCCUCGUUUCUGCAAAAUAUUAGAACGGCCAGAAGUUAUCUUGAAUGUAUUUUCUAUUUCUAUUUGAAAGACCAUCUGGAACUGAUGAUAUAUUAUGGUUGAUGGUUUAUUUAAUACAAAAUAAAUAUUUGAAACAGUGAAAUCAUUUUCAUCUCCGAAGAAAUCCUAAAAACGUGUAAAUAUACAUUUCUGAGUACGAAAGUAGGAAGAAAAAAGAAGAAUAUCGAUUACUAUGGUUCCACUGUGCUGAAUUUAAUAAUUUUUAAACAAAUUUUUUUGUAAAAUUCUAUUCUAAAGAGCUAGUAAUUAACAAUUUAAAUUAAUUGAGAAACAAUUUGAAACAAAAUUUUUGUUGAGUUCCAUUUUUGAGCUUCUUUAGAGUCAAAUAGUCAUGCUGAUUUCAAAAAUAAAGUAAGUUUUCUUAGCAAACACAAAAUAACUGUUGGAGAGCAUCAAAAAGAUGUCUAUAAUGUCAUAAUUUUUUUGGUCCUGAGUACUGACAUUACCUAUCUGUCAAAGUUUUUUUUACUAAUAAGUUAAAUAAUAAUCUUUAAGCUGUUUUGGCCGUUCUAUGAUUUUGCGGUAACCAAUAAACUAGGUAACUCAUUUUGCUGUGAAAAAAAAAAAAUUGGUUGAGAAAAAAUUCUGUAUCGAUUUCGAUCAGGAUUAGUUUUAAGUCAAUUCGUAACUAUUUAGUCAGGGACUCUUUUGUCGUUGUUGUAUAAAUUUUAAAAAAUGUUUUUAUUAAAUAGGAUGGAACGAAUUUAUUUUUUCGGAAAAGUUAAUAGUAUAAAUUUAAAUAGUUUUGUAUAUAGGUGCUUUAAAGUAUGAGGAAGGAUUUGCUCGAGUAAAUGUACAUAGUCUUGAGGAUGUGGUCGAAUUUUUUUUCGGUCUUUACAAAGGCAUUAAAUAUAUUUAAAUCUAAUAACUUCAAUAUAAAGAACCUCAGAAGCGUCUUGUAAGUAUUUAAGUUGUAUCAACCACUAUUAGUGAUUGAGUCUUAAGUGAAAUAUAAUUAAUUUCUUAACAUUUAUUUUUAUGAAACUACGAAACAUUAAAAAAAUUUAACAGGUUGUAGGUCACCUCAAAUGUCCAUUGAGACGGGGAAUAUCCGAACGAAAAUAAGCCUAGAUGGUCGAAAUUCCUACAGACACAAAAUAUUGAUAAACAUUUCAGAAUUCGAGAAAAUUAAUAAACUUUCUUUAUACACUAUUUUUUGAUAUCUAAAUGAUAUUGAGGGAACGAAUGACAUGUAGGGUAAAACUUUGGAGAAUAUGGGAAAUUAUAACCCUUCAAAAUGAUUUUACAGUAAAGUUUCUUUUGGUAAUUUAAAAUUUUUAAUUGAGAAUAUAUUUCUCUGUUUGAGAAUAAACACCUCUAGAAUUCCAUAUUUGAACGACAAAGGGAAUUUUGUAAAAUUUUAGGAAAAAUGGAAUUUUAUAAACAAAUAUUUAGUUUCUUACUAUUUUUUUAACUUUAAAUGAUAUUAAAGGAACGAAUGACAUGUAGGGUAAAAUUUUGGAAAAUGUGGGAAAGUAAAACCUUUUAAAAUUAUUUUAUAGAAAAGUUUAAAUAAUUUUUGUAAAUUUUUGGUAAUUUAAAAUCUUUAAUUAAAAAUACUCUUCUAUGUUUAAAUUAUCACUAAACACCUCUAGAAUUCCAUAUCUGAACAUUUUACGAAAAAUGGAUAAAUAAUUUAGUUUCUUACUAUUUAUAACAUUUUAAAAUUUAGUAUAAAAUUAAGUGAAAUAUAAUUAAUUUCUUAACAUUUAUUUUUAUGAAACUACAGAAACAUUAAAAAAAUGUAAAAGGUAAUUAUCUUCAGCGUCCAUUGAGAGGGGGAAUAUCCGGACUAAAAUAAGCCUGGAUAGUCGAAAUUCCUACAGACUCACAAAAUAUUGAUAAACAUUUUAGAAUUCGAGAAAAUUAAUAAAAUUUCUUAGUUAAUAUAAAAAAAAAACUGAAAUUAAUUAAUAGAGGGUAUAAUAAGAAGCAGAAGAGCAAAUAAAUGAAGAUAAAUUAUAAGACAAUUGAGAUAAGGAUAAAAAUAGUAAAACUAGGAAGAUGAGAAUACAAAAAAAUAAGGGGGAGAACGGGCGGUAAAUAAAGAGGUAAAUAAAGCGGUAGAUACAGUGGUAGAUAAAGAGGUAGGUAAAAGGUAGAUAAAGAGGUAGAUAAAGAAGUAGAUAAAGAUGUAGAUAAAGAGGUAGAAGUAGAUAAAGAGGUAAAGAUAGAUAAAGAGGUAGAUAAAGAGAAAGAAGAUGAAAUUAAAAAAAAUUAAAGAUGAAUUAAAUGUAUAAUUUUUUAGUUUUAACUUUGUUAUAACAUUUAAUGUAAAUAUUUCAAAUUUGUUUGAAAUUAUUCGUUAUAUUUUAUGACAAUAAGACUUAGUCCAUUGACUUGAUGUACGCAACAGGUUGGGACAUUUCUUGACGCCUUAAAUAUCAAAUUUCGUGCCUUUUUUCGAAAAUAAAUUCGACCGACGACCCCAGGACUCGAAUGGAUUUAAAUAAAUUUUUGAAAACGAGAUAUAGGUACCUUUAUUUCAUAACUCUCGACGAAAGUCUGAUUUGUAAUAUAUCUAAUACGUUAAUGUGAUAGAAGGGUUUCUAUAAUAUAUGUUAUGCAAUGAAAUAUGAUGAAGUAAAAAGUCUAGCUUCGGUCAAUUUUUCGUUUAGGUGUUAAUGUUAUCGUGAAAGAAAUCGAUCAAUGUUUACUCUUGUUAAUGAAACUAUUAAAACUCGAUUUAGUUGUUUAAAGUUGUUCUAUUUAAAUUAAAAAGAAUACAUCUUGAAAUGUAUUCUAUACUAAAUAUAUAACAUAUCACAAUAAUAAUUAGCACAAAUUAAAUGGAAUUUUUUUUUAAUAAUUUAAAAUCUUGAAUGAUUUCUUUCACCCCCCAAUCCCAAGUAUUUGCUCAUUUUCAUCUCUAGAUAUUACCAUUCAGAGAAUUGUGUUAUAUACAAAAUAAAAUGGCCGCUGGUUUCAAAAUAUUUUGUAUGAAGCUGAUUUUUUCAUAUCCAUUUAUCCAGUUUUAAAGAAAUGUCCGAAAAAUACCGAUUUUUAAUUAUAAUUUGCCACAUUUUAAAAAAACAUGAACAUUUUUAGUAACGACGCCGAGAAAAAAAGAAAAUGUACCUAGUGCAACUGGGAUUCUGACGGAAAGUAACAAUAUUUCUAACUGUACUUUUCGCAAAAGUAUAAAACGUAAAAGUCAUGUUUGUUCAGAUGCUCAAAAGAUGACAGUAACUUAUUGAUAAUAAUUGCUGUUCAAGUGAUAACUUAAGUAAAAUCAAUACUUCUCAAGAAACUUCUUUGACAAGCCUUAUUAGUGCCCCUAAAGUUCUUUUGUAAACAUUGUUUGUCAUUUUAAGAUUCUGUAACGGAAUUAAACAUUAAGCCGGAUAAAACUGUAUUUGAAUUGGGUUAUGCUACUUUGAAACAAGAAACCAUUGUUCACUCUUUAUUUGGUGGUAUCCAGACCGAGAAAACCACAAUUCUUACAGGAUAUAUUUAAGAAAAGUAGAUAAAACAUUUUCAAACGAAGAUAUGCGGAGAACUACAAUCAGUAAGCCGUGGUCAAUUGGAAGCUGAAUAGGUAAAGUUGUAACAGACCAAGAAGUUUUAAUUGGUGCAGACUUGGCUGGUAGGUUUUGAUUGGUAAAGUUGUACAGUUAUCUUAUGGUUUGACUGCUGUUGAAACCCAUUUAGAAUAGACUUCCGCUUUGCGUAAAUCGUCUUUCACUUCCUUCAGUUCUAAUAUUGUUCUAACAUUCCAGAUACUUAUUCUUAAUUUACUUCUUCAUUUUCUUUUUUUUUUAUUCUUAUUUUCUCUAACUUUUUUCUUUUAGCAUCAGAAUCGGAAGUAGAAAUUCUUGACAAGGAGACUGCAUUAAUUGUUUCUUCAAUGUUCGCUCAUGAGUUUACCAUAAAAGACCUAUAAGAAGUAGACGUCUAGGUAUGAGGGUUCUCUUUGACUCGGGGUCCAAAGAAGAAUUGUCUCAAGCAGCUAUGCAGCAUUUUAGGCAAACUCUUUCCAAAGAGUUAGAUGGUAGAUGUCCGCUUAGCUGUCCGUUGUCGUCUGUUUUUUGUGUAUAGUGCUACUUGCUUUAUAUGAUCUUUGUCUAUUUUUCCAUUAAAAUCUCCAAGCACUAUCAUUAUAUCUUCCUUUGGAAUUAUUUUUAUUUAUUCUUCUACUUUAUCGUAUAUAUUAAGCAGUGAUAUAUUGAAUGGUUUUGCUUUUACCCGUAGAUAGGCUAUCCUUUCAUUUAUUGGCUUAAAUUAUAUUGUUUUGUCUUAUAAAUCGCCUAGCAACAUAAAUACCACCCCAAACUGUUCCUGUUUUUCGUGUCCAGAAUAAUGUAACGUAAAUCCUAUUUUCUCAAUUGUUCCUUUGCCUUCUCAUCUUAUUUCUUAAAUUGAUGCAACAUUUAUGCCAUAUCUUUUGAGUUCUUUUCGUACUACUUGCAUUUUUCCAGGUUCUAUCAUUGUUUUAACAUACCAGGUACUUAUUCCCAAUUCAGUUCUGCAUUUUCAUUUUUCUUUUGUCUCUCUUUCAGCAUUUUCUGCUUUAUUUUCAUGAGUCUUUGUUUCUGUUUCUUGUCCAGUUCUUUGUCAAGUCGUUUUUACCAUUUUUUGUCCUUUCCCUAUAUUGUCUGCUAGUUUUUUGAAAUAUCCUCAUUAUUUCCUGUUUUUUUUUUGUCAUACUAUUAGGAAGUUAAAAUUGGAAGAGCGGAUGUCUGAGUACGAAAAUAUCUUUAACGAUUGGAUUUGUGAAGGCAUCAUUGAUGUCAUAGGUGUCAUUAUUUACCUCAUAGGAAGAUAGCAGGACUAGAGUUAGACCAGUCUUUAAUGCGUCAUCACAUGAUAAACAGUCUCUAUCUCAUGAUUUUUUGGAAUAGAGCUUCAAUUUGAUUGGGCAAAUUUAUCUGAUUUUGUUAAAGUUUAGAUUGAAACCACUAGUUGUUACUGCUGAUAUUAAAAAGGCAUUUCUUCAAAUAGGGUCAAAUCCUAGAGAUGGAGAUACAAAAUUUUUAUGGAGAAAAAAGUUUUUAGGCACUGUAGAGUCGUUUUCGGGGUUAUGAGCAGUCCUUUUUUUCUGGUAGCUGUAAUGCAAUUUCAUUUGGAUCAAGUAUUACGAAUGUUCUAAAAACUGAAUGGGCAAUGUUAGCAACAUCAAUAAGCAACAACAGGGUAGUUUCUAAGUUGACAAUUGUGUAACUAGUGUAGAAAAUGAAACAUAUCUUUUUCAGUUUAUGACAGAUGCUAAUUUGAUUUAUUAGGUUGGGAAAAUACUAAUUACUUGGUUUAGCAUGGGAUAGAAGAGAAGAAUCUUUGUUUAUUUCUCCUGUUAGUUGGAAAAACGUGAGAAAAUUAAUAAAAGAACUUUCUAUGGCUCAUAGCGUAUCCGACCCAAUAGGUUUUAUUUGUGCUGUAACGUAGUGUCCUAAAUUACUUUUGCAACGAACCUGGCAAAAUAAUUUAGGAUGGGAAGAUGAGUUAAGUCUGUAUUUUUGGAAUUGGUAGAAGGUCUUUUAUUUUUGACCCAUUUAAAGAUUCCUGGAUAUGUUUCUAUCUUUGGUAGUGGCAAAUGGCUUGAUGUUCGGAUACAUACAUUUUGUGAUGCCUGUCAGACUCCUUAUGCUUCUGCUGCUUCUUCUGUUAAGAUACUAAGUGAGUCAGGUAUGUUCAAUUAAUUCGUGCAAAAGCUAGAGACGCAUCCAUUAAGAAGAAGACUUCUUUACUUCGAUCAGAAUUGAUUGCAGCUACUAUAUGGUCACGUCUUGUUAAAUCUAUAGAAAAUUCUAAUGUUUACUACAAAGCUAUUUUCUUCUUUUAGUCUGGAUAAAUAGAAAUUAACAAUGGUCAUCUUUGUUAGAAAUGGAGUAGCAGAAACCUUAAAACUCCCUGUGAAAUAGGAAUGGUCCUUGGUUCCUGGUUCAAUGAAUCCCACAGACCUGCUUUGAUGGCAGCAAUGAAAUUAUUAAAUUCUAGGAGGUAGGAGGGACUUAUAAUGGUUAAAAUAUUCGCCUUAUUUAUAGUUUUUAGAAAUAUUUUAAUAUAUUUUUGAAUUUAGCUUUUACUGGUGAUUCAAAAAAUUGAAUAGUAUAUGGUGUCUCAUUUAAAAAACUCGUUACAUGUUUAUCAUCUUGUCUUAUAACUUUUGUUUAAAAUGUGGCAAAAUGUAAUUAAAUUGCGACCUGUUUAUACCUAAAUAGGUAUAUGGAUGCAGUUUUAUAGUUCAUAUUUUUAUUAAGGUAUAUAUUAACUAAAAAUUUUGUUGGUAACAGAUGUCUGUUUUUACAGCUUAUAGAACAAAACAAAGUACUUUUUUACUGCCUGUAUACUGCAAAAUAACAAGCACCGUGAAAUACUUGAUAAAUUCUUUAAACUUUUAAAUGUUUUUCCAUAAUUUACAAUUAAAAUUAAGUAUAACAACAAUUAAGUAAAAUUUGGCAAAAUAUUGAUUUUCCGAGUAAUUUUACUUGACGUAAAGACAUCUGGUUACAAUCUGCAUAAUUUUUCAAACCCAUUUGGACCCGGCGGCCAUUUUGCAGUCAAGAAGGUGACGUAAACCAUCUAUAGUUAAACAAAUUGUUGUGACCCUAUUAAUGUCUAGCAAUAUAUUAUGUGUUAGUUGGUAAAAAACGCUCUAAACACGUUAAUUUUUUCCUGAUUUUAUGGUACUGUUGAUAAAAAAAAACCUUCCUAGAUUUCCCUAGUAACCUCUGAAAUCAAUCGGACACUGUUUAGGUUCUAGUAAGAUAAGUCACUUUCACACGAAAAAAAACUUAAUUUUUACACAGUAUUUUAGAGGUUACUAAUCGUUUAGUUAUGUGAAAGUGAAAAUGGCGCACGUUUUGCUUUUGUUUCGUUUGUUAUGACGUUAAGGUUUUUAUCUUUCCCAUAAAAAAUUACAACUUUGACAAAUGACAGCAAACUUCAAAAGUACAUAAAAAUUUGGGAAAAAUUACCCAUAAAAAUAAAUAAUUUGUUACGCAAUACAUUAAAUUUAUUGUGGAAGAUAAAACCAUUUUUUAUGCAGAUUUAAAAUUACAAAAGAGGCGUAAACGAGCGCCAUUUUCGUAGGUAAAUUCUAAUUUCGUCCGAAAUAAAGAGGACGAAAAAAAAAAAACAAAUGAUAACGACGUAAGUGAAGUGGUGAUACCUCAUUGGGGCUCAAAAUGGGGUAUGACUGAUUAGAUUUUGAUUGUAAAAAACACUUUAUUAUUAUUAUUAUUAUUACUAGAAAACAAAAUAAAUUGUUUACUAAUAUUUAAGUAAUUGAAUUAAGUAUUGACUAGUACCUAUACAUUGCAGUUUUACUGUCGACAUAUGUGUUCAAAACCCAAUCAGCUACCUAAAUCUUAUGUCAAAUUAAACUUUAAUUGUAA